GCGCCUCGUGUGCAACAAACAGGAAGCCCGUCCUGUAAACACUUCUCCAUGUGUGAAUGAGCUGCGUGUGAAUCAAAAUAAGAUAUGUCUUCGCCAAAUUAUUCACUCAAGGUCAACAGAGAACUAUUAGAUCCUAACUUUGAAAGUUAUAGAUUGUCUCUGGAUCCCAUACCAAGUUACAACGUUGAGCUCGAUGCCGCUGUGGAAGAGGUGAAGUUGAAGGACACUCAGUACACCCUUGAUCAUGUGCGGGCCUUCGGCAUGUACAACUAUCUACACCUGGACCCCUGGUAUCCAGACAGCGUGUUCUUUGUGGAUUGUAAAGGAAGAGUCCUCAACCUGACAGUGACUUUGGACACGGCGCUGGGGAAGCCCAAGGAGGUGUUCCGGCUGAGCCCCGACGGAGGCUGUGAGGAGCCGCUGUGCCCCUCCCUCAGCCUCCCCUCGGCCAGCUGGGCGGCGCUCUCUGACGGCACGGGGAGGCUGUACCUGCUGCGCACCAGCCAGAGGGGGGAGAACUCCCACCUGCAGUGGGAGCCCCAGUUCAACCAGCAGAUGGGCGAGCCCUUCGUCAUCCUGCACAGCCUGGCCCACGUCCAGGGGGGGGUCCACAGCCUGGAGGUGCUGCUGCUGCGGGUGCAGAAGGACCCCCAGGAGAGCAAGGGCAGCGGCUUCUCCGUGACCCUGGAGUGGAUCACCGUCGCCGCGCAGGACCAGGGGAAGCGCUACGAGGUGCGGACGCGGCGGCUGCUGACGGGCAAGUCGGUGCCCCACUACGCGGCUCUGGAGCCCCAGGGCCGGGGCCUGAUGGUGGCCUCGGAGAAGCCCUUCGCCUGCACACACCUGGACGGGAAGGCCGUGGAGACGCCCGCCGACGGGGCCCCGGAGGCGGGGGCCGCAGACCCUCUGUAUUUCUGGCAGCAGACGGCGGAGGACGUGACGGUGUCGGUCCGCAUGCCCGAGGGCUUCUCCAAGGACCAGGUCCAGUUCCGGCUGGCGGGGGGCUCCCUCAGCGUGGGGGUCCAGGGCUUCGCCCCCAUCCUGGAGGGCGCGCUGCACGCCGCCGUGGACCCGGAGGCCAGCGCCUGGGUCAUCAAGGACAACAAGAGCCUGGAGGUGACCCUGCAGAAGCUGGAGGAGGGCUCCACGUGGCCGGAGCUGGUCCCGGGGGACGGCCGGGGGGAGUACGUGGUGAGCGAGGAGCAGGCGGCCCUGAUCCACGAGAGACUGACCUACCUCACGGUGGACGACCUGAAUGCAAAUGGUGAGGCAGAGAAGCCUCCCUGCAACUCUCAGGAGCUGGAGGACUGCGACGGGUUCCCAGAGGACAGCUCCAGCCUCACACACUUUGAUGGAGGGACCCUGCAGCCCACUCAGGUGGUGAAUCUGGGGAGCCACCAGUACCUGUUCACGGUGGACGCCGACCCCUCCGAGAUGCCCUGUCUGUGCCUCCGCCACGACGUGGACGCCCUGGUGUGGCAGCCCCGCCCCGGCCAGCCCGACGCCAUGUGGGAGCACAUCGCCACCUUCAACGCCCUGGGUUACGUCCAGGCGUCGAAACGGGACAAAAAGUUCUCGACAUGCGCUCCGGACUUCUCGUACGCGGCGCUGGGCGAGUGUCUCCGCCGCGCGUUCAUCUACCGGCAGCCGGCGCCCGUCGACACGGUGCUGUUCAACCGCAAGCAGGGCCGCCAGGUGGGGCAGGUCGCCAAGCAACAGGUGGCCAGCCUGGACUCGGCCGACCCGGUGUUGGGCUUCAGGGCCUCCAACGAGAGACUGUUCGUCCUGACGGAAAAAAACCUCUUCGUGCUCAAGGUCAACAACAACUAGGUCAAGGUCAACAACAACUAGGUUUGAAACUCGGAGGGUUGACCAAUCACGAACCUCCGAACACAGGGACUGUCUCCUUCCAUAGGCUUCCAACUUCGAAUCGGCUGGGAUUUAAUAUGGUAAAGGAGUGCGAUUACACGUGAUGGACUAUAGGGGGUGCUGUUUCUGUCGUUUCGUUGUCGUGUUCGGUUACUCUUUAAAACUGAAGCCAUUCUGAAGAAUCAUCCAUUCCAAAGUGAUACGUGAUCCAACAGCUUUUAUUGUGUCUUUAUGUGCAGUGUCAUUAAAUCAACUGUUGUAGAUGGGGA